AUGGACGACGGCAUAGCCUCGCACCUCGCGGCGGCCUGCAGCCGUUCCGCGCUGCACAGCGAGGCGUUCGUGCAGCUCAGGGAGCUGUUCCCCGACUGCCAGCUGCUCAGGCUCUCCUUCGGUCUACAGAACAAGGUGAUGCUCAGCAUCACCGUGCAGCUGGCCCAGGAGGGCCGCACGCACGCCAGCUACGUGCCCAUCCACCCCACCGCCGCCGCCGCCGCCGUCCUUCAGAACAACCCCGUGGUGGUGGUGCGCCAGGACAAGCGCAGCCCGCUGUGGGACCAAGAAGACUUGUACCAGCGAGAGGGCUGCGCCGCGCUCAGCGUCGUCUCCAUGCCCUUUUACUGGCCGCCGCGCGCGGGGGCGCAGUGGGAGGGCGCGCCGCUGCCCGUGCCGCAGAACCCCGCCUUCCACCCCACCUUUGGCGCGCUGACGGCGGCGGGGCAGGCGGCGCUGACCCAAGACUCCAUGCACCUGCUGCUGGACCUGGCUGCGCGGACGGGGCGCCACGUGGGACCCCACAUCUCCAUGCUGCUUUCCUCCCUGGAGGCCGCCGGCCUGCUGCCCAGCGAGGCGGACGCGCAGGAGGAGCUGGGGAUGGGGGAGGAGGAUGCGGGGUCGGAGGGGGAGGAGGGCAUCGAGGACCUGUUUGGGUUUGAGGACGCGCAGCACCUGGCUGCCGACACCGAGGCUGCAGACCUGCUGCCGGCCUUGGGCCCGCCGCCGCCCCCCGCCAACCCGGGCAUCCCCUGCUGCCCCCAGCAGAGGGCCGAGCCCGCAGACUGGAUGGUGGAGGAGGCGGCGGCGGCACGGGCGGCGGCGGCAGCGAGACUGGCAGCGGCAGGGGAGGGAGGAGACGAGGCUGGGGCGGAGGCUGGGGCAGAGGAUGCGCCAGAGGAUGAAGCAGAGGGUGGGGCUGAGGCUUCCAGCCCGUCCUCCCCGCUCAGCGCGGCACCCACCCCCGCCGGCCCGCGCUCGGUGGCAGCAGGCCGCCAGCCAGCAGGCGGGCAGGGCGGCGGCGUUGCCAGCAGCGGCGGCAUUGCCAGCAGCGGCGGCGCGACCCCCGCCGCCGCACCCGCGCUCGGCGGCGCGCCGCCUGCUGCCGCCCCCACCCCGGCCUCCAGCCGCAGCAGCGGCGCCGCCGUGAGGGGCCUGUCGCCCGCCGCGGCGCUGGGGAGCCGUCGCAGGCGAGAGCGGGGCAGCAAUGGCGGCGGCGGGUUCAGCGUCCCCAUCGGCAGCGCUGCCUCCAUGUCCUCGCUCCUCCCCUGGCAGAACCUCACUUUCCAGCCAGAGGGCCUUGAGCGCGCUUUCAUAGCCCACUACAGCCGCCGCCAGGAGCGGCGCGACCUGGCGAUGCUGGCAGCCCUGGUGCUGGGGCUGCUGGCGGCGGCGGCCGCUCGCCUGCAGGCCGCUUGGCCCGCCGGCGUCGCCGCCAUGCUGCUCUUCUCUCCCUACUUCUUCGAUGCGCAGCUCUACCAGAGCCAGCGGGAGAAGCUGGUGGCGGGCGCCCAGCUGCUGCUGUCCGUCUUCCUGGCCUCGCUGGCGCCGCCCGCGCCGCCGCUGGGCGCCGCCGCCUGCGCCGCCGCCGCCGCCUGCGACCUCCCCGGCAGCGGCCGCGGCAGCAUGGCGGGCUUUGGCAUCUGCUGGUUUGUGCUGCACCACUGCGGGCUGCUCCAUGUCCUUGCGGCGCCCCUGCUGCUGCGGCUGCCCAUGAACCGCGCGCUGCCGGUACAGGGCGCCAGCCUGGCGAUGGCGCUGUACCGCCUGCCCGGCGUGUACGCCGGCAUGCUGGGGCGGCUGGAUACCGUGCACGUCCUGCUGCUGGGCCUGCUGCUGGCGGCCGGCGCGCUGGCGGCCCUGGCCGCGUGCCAGACGCUGGAGCGGCGCCAGCGGGAGGUGUGGCUGGCGCGCAGGGUGCGGCGCGGGGCGGGCAUGUCGGCGGCUGCGGUGGCGCUCAUGUCGCCGCGCUGA